GUGUGUAUUCAUUUGUGGAGCGGUAACGGUACGUGCGGGAGUGUCCAUGAAGUCUUGCAAACGAGAAUGAUAAGCGAAAGCGAGUGACUGUGACUGUGACAAGUGUACGGUCUGGUCGGGUAGUGGAUAAUGUAGGUCGGAUACGGUUUGUUUUGGUUAAUUAUUAGGUGUUUGAUGUAAAUUAAAACGCCAAAACUUGAUCAGUGUGUGGCCUCAUUUACGGAUGCUGAAGUUGGAAGAAGUGAGCGUGUGAGGUACUUAGUAAACAGUUUGUGUUCCCGCUUACUGAAAGUGCAUCGUGAUGGCUGAAGGAGGAGCAACGAGCACCAACCCCAACGCGGAGAUCGUGCGGGGCCAGGUCUUCGAAGUGGGGCCCCGCUACGUUAACCUGCAGUACAUCGGCGAAGGCGCCUACGGGAUGGUUGUAUCGGCCUUCGACAACGUGAAAAAAACGAAAGUCGCCAUUAAGAAAAUAUCGCCCUUCGAGCAUCAGACGUAUUGUCAGAGAACCUUAAGAGAAAUCAAAAUCCUUACACGGUUUAAGCAUGAAAACAUAAUCGACAUUCGGGAUAUUUUAAGGGCGGAUUCUAUUGAUCAAAUGAAGGAUGUCUACAUCGUGCAAUGCUUAAUGGAAACAGACUUAUACAAAUUGUUAAAGACACAGAAAUUAAGUAACGAUCACAUCUGUUAUUUCCUAUACCAAAUCUUACGAGGGCUGAAGUACAUUCAUUCGGCGAACGUGCUACACAGGGACCUCAAGCCCUCCAACCUGCUACUUAACACCACCUGCGAUCUGAAGAUAUGCGACUUCGGGCUGGCGCGAGUGGCAGACCCUGACCACGAUCACACCGGCUUCCUAACGGAGUACGUCGCCACGCGCUGGUAUCGCGCCCCGGAGAUUAUGCUCAACUCCAAGGGCUACACUAAGUCCAUAGACAUUUGGUCAGUGGGUUGCAUCCUGGCGGAGAUGCUGUCCAACCGGCCCAUCUUUCCGGGCAAGCACUACCUCGACCAGCUGAACCACAUCCUGGGCGUGCUGGGCUCCCCCAGCCAGGAGGAUCUUGAGUGCAUCAUCAACGAGAAGGCUCGUGGCUAUUUGGAGUCGCUGCCGUUCAAGCCGCGCGUGCCGUGGGUAGAGCUGUUCCCGGGCGCCGACGCGCGUGCUCUCGACUUACUGCAUCGCAUGCUCACCUUCAACCCGCACCGGCGGAUCACCGUGGAGGAGGCGCUCGCGCACCCCUACCUCGAGCAGUACUACGACCCCAACGACGAGCCAGUAGCAGAGGAACCGUUCCGCUUCGCGAUGGAGCUGGACGACCUGCCCAAGGAGACCCUCAAGAAGUACAUCUUCGAGGAGACUCUACUCUUCAAGCAACUCAACGAAGACGCGUAGGCGACUAACUAACGCACUGUCCUAAAGAGAUCUACGUUAUCCUCUGUGCAUGUAUGGUAAGCGGUCUUGGCCUUUGUAUCGAUGGAGCAAGUUUGAAGAUAUCUUCAUUUUGAUGGUUCCUAGUUCUUUUAACUAUCCUUUGGCUGAUGAGGCGAUGGUUUCUACAUCAUAUAAUAUGUAGGAGAAACCGGGAGACGUGAAUCUUUAAAAGAACAGCCAUUGAUGUAUAAUGCUUUACAUUGCUAAAAAAAUCACCCGGUUUUCCCUUACACCUCGUGAUUGUGAACGUGGUCUAUCAAUCUACGGCAUUCGCUUACUGUUUGCGAACUGAUAACAAAUUAUCAGUACCUAUGUACAUUAUUUGACAACGCGAAGAUAAUCCAGCGGUGACCGCCGAAUAUCUUAUCAGAUCGCAUUACCGCGAGGUAACGAGAAUUCUAAACUACAGAGAAUCAUAACAGGAAAAUGAUAAGGCUUUGCAAGGACAGACUGACAAAAGGUCUAAUUAAACGGACGGUGCAGUCAACGUAGUUUGACGUUAUCAAACGUAUAGUACACGCCGCCGGACAACCAAAGCUACACUUCGACCGGCGGCCCAACUUAAGCAUAACCAUGCCGUGCCGAGCCAAAACGGUUUAUACACCUCGCUAAAACGAACUACAUAAAUGAAAACUCAUAGGCCGUUUUGACUCAGCACGGCUCAUUCAGUAAGUAUUGGACGUAGGACUCGACAACGAGUCGACGGGAUCAGUUGGUAUUAUACUGUAAGAUAGAUCGUAUACAUGGGACAUCAAUGCUUUUCACACUGACACAAAGAUUGUGGUUAGAUCGCGACUUGCGAUUCCUUAAAAUAACAUAUUUCGAUUAAUAUAAGGACUUUUACCAGUGAGAGUUGCAUUAAAAUAAAGAAAAUAUUGAGUUAUCUUGUCUUUAUAACAGUAUUCCAGUAAAAAAAUGUGCAUUUCAUUUCGGUAAAUUCAAUUGAAAUGCUUAUAUUUUUGAAAUAGUACGAAUUCAGCGAGAGAAUUGUAAUAAUCAAGUUACCUAGAAAUAUUGGAUAUAAUAUUAGAGGGGAAGAAGUUCUUGGUGUAAUAGCUGCAUUAGUUAAGCGCUUUAUUGUUUUACCGAAAAUGGACAGAGAUGAAUAUUUUUUUAUUAAAUUGGCUUCGCAAAUAUUUCGAGUUUCUUACGGAAUUAUUACAUAACUAGUCUUCUAAGAAUUUGAGGACAGCAAAAUACUGACAGCAUUGAAGUAAAUAGAAAUGCAGGUCUAAAGAUUUGUUCUAAUAUUUAUAUUGCUCCAAAAAGCUUAUUUUUAGCAUUAUUUACAUAUGCAGAGCUUUUUUCUAAACUCUUGCUGUCGUAUUGUCAGCUACUGAAGAACUGAUCAUUUAUGUGAUGUUAAGAGAAAUAGUUUUACUUGAAAUGUCUAUACACAAGGGUAAGAGUCGUCACGACUGGUUCAGAAUGUAGAAAAGUUGAAACAGUAUAAUGUAAAUGUAAGCCUAGAAACCUUAUAGGAUAUUAGAUAGGACUUUCCGAAAUUUAUAAACGUUAAACAUUAACAGUUGGUAUUUGGGUAUAUGAUGCAGAUAUACAAUACAGUUGGGUAUGAGGUGGGGAGGGGUGUUGCAGUAUUACGACGUUGAUUUGGAAUCUGAGCCAGUAAAUAUUCUCUUUAUGCUCUUGAUUGGACUCGAUUUUCCAUAUAAUCGCAAUAUAUUUGGCUGCGAAAAAGGAUUUCGUGCUUCAGAUAAUUGCGUUGCUACUUCCCAAAAAAGUUAACUGUGUCAAAUGAUAUGAAUACGUACAUCAUAACAUCAUACUACAGUUACAAAACAAUGCUGAUAAAUACAGAUCUGCGUAUUAAAUUCGCAUUUAUUACUAUAUUCGUAUCUUUAUUGAAUACCCAAUUGUCGCGAACAGAAUGAUAAUAAUAAUCUAUAUAGAUACAUAUUAUUUUUAAAAUUUAUUAAAAUUGUCGACGUCGAGUGACAUCUAUUUUCGAAGGGACAGAGAGCCAAAUGGCUAGAAAGUGUACAUAUUUUUGCAUUUCAAUAAAUGUAAUUUAAAGUUUCACCGAUUCAGACUCUCGAGCACUACUUUUAUUCUUCGAUUGUAUCGUGGUCUACUUUCGAAUAAUCGUGUCUCGUUGUCUACGGUGAAGGUAUUUGUUGAAAAACUUGCUUGUUCAAAUGGUUUAUCUUAAUAAUUAUCGUCUUCCUUGUAUUUGCAUGUUAGCGCACAACACUGUUCUAGAAUAGGCGAUUCAUAUCAAAUGUGUUUAAGAAAAUGUUUAUAUGAUGAUUAAAAAUUUAGUUGAUUGGGCGGGAGUUUGUGUCAAGUUUUUCAACGAAUGGUCGGCAUGGUGCAGGCGCGGCGGCGAGAGGGGUCUGUCUGUUGUUAUACUCUAUAUGUCUAUAAUGAAUAAUGAUGUUGUUAGUGUGCUCGGUCUAUGAAAUCUGGGCAUUGUCUCACUGAGACCAUAGUAAAAUGAAAAAGUGGGUCAAAUGUCGCGCUGUCUUAUAUAUUUUGUUCAGUCCAUCGACGCCCAGUUCUAGCCGCCUGUAGUACAUAAGCGCGAAAUGUUCAGUGUUCAAAGUUUAAACGGAAAUGACCUUCUUUCCUCCUUUUACUAUGCUAAGGACUAAAGUUGUUGCGCGUUAAGAACAUUUGUCAUUCAAGAAGUGAAUCAUAAAAUGCAUUCAAAUUUAAUGAGAUUAUAUCAAAUAAGAUCAUGAUGUUGUGAUGUUAAAUAGAUGUUGAUUUUAUCUGUCAUUUACAGCUCUUCCAUACAGGUACAAUAUUAUUAACUGCAUUUAAUCAUAGUCAGACAUGUUUUAAUAAAUUUAAUACUUAUGACAAAUAAUUUGUCAAUGUUUUAAUUGUAAUCAUAAAAUGAGUAGCAAUGUGAGUAUUUUCAACUGUAUUGUAAGACUAUAAUUAGUCGCCACCUUGGUUAACUUAAAAGACAAUCAAUUUAAGUUAUACUGUGACGUUUAGUAGUAAUUUUACAUCGAAUAAGUGAGUCGUUUGUCUUCAUAGAUUGCUAUCAACUCUCCCACGCCAGAUAUUUAGGAGACCUCGUCAUUAAAAAAAUACAAUUAAAGUACUAAAGCAGCCGUUUAGAGCUUUAAUCCACGGGUCACCUAAAUUCCUGGUAGGGGUCUGUAAUAACCGUAAUCGGAUUGCUAGAGCUCCUUGCUAUGUAGCCGCGCUCAGUGCGGGGUCUAAUUAUAUAACUUCAAAUGAUGACACCAUUAACUAUCAUGUAUUUAUUGUUAAAUAUGAGUGUUGCCAUAUUUUCUUAAGUCAUUAUGUACAAAUUGGAUAUAUUAAGAUAAUUUGUUGUCAGUCAGCAGUUGAAUAUUACGAAAAUAAAUCAAAUGAAAGGA